AUGAUUUGGAAAGGCAAGGAAACUGUGUUGCUGGUUGUGCUGCAAAACAACAAUUGGUUCCCAGAGAUGAAACAGCUGUUGGAUGCUCACAUGGGAAAUUCCAUUGUGGAGGGAUCUGCUCUCACAAAGAAUUUAGCAUUAAAAGGACAGGCUACACAUUCAUCCCUAUAUUAUCAUUGGGCAGCAGAAAAAGCCAUCGAUACUGUACGAUAUGCCCCAGGUGAAGCCACAUUCUGCUCCAUUGCAAAUUAUGGAAUUAGCCCAUGGUGGAGGUUGGAUCUUUUGGGUAAAUAUAAUGUUAGCACAGUGGUCAUCACUAGCAGAGCAGACUGCUGUCCUGAACAAAUAAUUGGAGCAGAGAUUCGCAUUGGAAACUCCCUGGAGAACAACGGCAACAACAAUCCCAGAUGUGCUGUAAUUCCUACUAUUAAAGCAGGUGCCUCUGUUAGUUUCUCAUGUGGAAUGGAGGGUCGUUAUGUGAAUGUGUUUAUGUCUGGACUUCAGUCUUAUCUCACACUGUGCGAGGUAGAAGUCUAUGGAUCAGAGAACUUGGCCUUAAGAGGUCAUGCUACACAGUCAUCCUUAUAUUACCACAGACCAGCAGAAAAAGCCAUAGAUGGUGUAAGAAAGGCCCCGGGCUCAGCCACAUCCUGCUCCAUGACAGAAAAUGAUAUUAGCCCAUGGUGGAGGUUGGAUCUUCUGGAUAAUUAUUUAGUUAGCACAGUGGUCAUUACUAACAGAGCAGACUGCUGUCCUGAUCAAAUCAAUGGAGCAGAGAUUCGCAUUGGAAACUCCCUAGAAAACAACGGCAACAACAAUCCGAGAUGUGCUGUAAUUCCUAGUAUUGCAGCAGGUGCUUCUGCCAGUUACUCAUGUAGUGGAAUGGAGGGCCGUUAUGUGAAUGUGUUUAUUCCUGGACAUCAGACUUAUCUCACUCUGUGUGAAGUAGAAGUCUAUGGAACAGGAUACAGGAGAAAAACUUUCCUAAAUAUGCAAUUUCUCUCCAGUGCAGAUGCAGCAAUAAUGAGUGACCAAAUUCUGAAGCAGCUGCAGUCUGCACUGGCAUUACGAGGGCUCUCUGAUGUUAAACUAUGCUGGACUCAACCACCAAAAAAGAGGACAGUAAAACAGCAUGUGACAGAAGGGACUUACCUAUCCAACUGGGUUAUUGACACCAUGGCUUUGGCCUAUCACACCUAG